AACCAACGAGAUAGAAAAAGACGUACAUGCAUGCAUAGAUCAUUUUCCGGACGGCUGUUUCGAUUACAUGUACCUGGGUGUGUUAUUUUGACAAUUGAGUAUGACAAAAGUCCAUUUAAGAACUAUGCAGUACCCGUUUAUAGAAUAUUGUAUGCUUGAAUAAGGAAAUACAAGGGACAGCUGUAUUCCUGUUUGCAACAAAAUUCAAUCAAUCGUCUUUGAUCUUCAGAAAUAAAGAAGUACAACAUCUUGACAUCUCCACUAGACUAUGUAAAGCUAUCGAAAUGGGCAAGGCAAUUUUAUUUGUUUACCUCAUCUCGAAUUUUCUAAUUAUCGCACGAUGCAGCGACAUAACAUCAACGGUAUAUGGAAAAAUUUUGGACAAGAUGCCUGCAGCGUUUGGCGAUUUCAACUCUGACGAAUUGACGGAUGUAUUUGUGAUCGACACGGAUGGUAAAUCCGUUGAAAUUAUGCUGGCAGCCGAGCAAGAGCCUCUUCUGAGGCCUGGGGUAGGCUUAAAGUGUACCUUUAAUAAUUCAGUGACCAGCAUUGUGCCUGGGGAUUUUGAUGGUGACGCAUUUAUGGAUGUUUUCGUAACAACGAUAAAGGACGGUCUAACCUACGGACACAUUUUGUGGGGCAGAAACGGGCAGUUGAAUUGUACACCUGAGUCGAAUCCAGUAAUUGUGAUGUUUGGACAGCCAUUAGCAAUCGAUUACAACCAAGACAUGAUUAUUGAUUUGUUUGGACUUGAUGCAAAUCAAACAAGAACAUUUUGGAUAUUCAAUAAGAAUAGAACUUCACCAGCAGUUGUAAAAAUGCAAUCUAAAAAUGGGGAUAACUUUGCGCUCAUAAGAAAACCACAUUCCAACGCGUUUCUAGAUUACAAUGGCGAUUUUAUGCCUGAUUUAUUUAUAACAACGGAGAAUGGAUUUGAAAUUUGGCUGGGAAGCGAGGAAAACUUCACUCUUCAUCAAAACAUCAGCUUGCCGCAUAAUUUCGCCGUCGUUGGUCAAUCUUUAUUCUUGGACGUCGAGCUCACUGGCAAAAUGGACCUGAUUCUACCCGCAUGUUAUGAUGCCGCAUGCAAGAACAGCACUAUUAUGAUACACUCAAAUGGGUGGCACAAUUUACAAGUAGAUUUCAAAGAUCCUGACAACAUUGACUGGGGUUUCUGUAAACCUAAUGGGCGGCGUUACACGGAUACAAUAACUCUGAGAGGCGGCGAUUUCAACAUGGAUGGGUACCCAGAUUUACUGGCAACUUUGACAGUUGCCUCAGAAUCUGAGCCCAGAACAUUCUUGCUUGAGAACGUACCUUGCACAAACUGUAAAGAGUUUAGUCGAAAAUUUUCUGUACAAUGGACAGCUCUGAAUCCCUUGAACAACAAAACAGUUAUGGCUGUCUUCUAUGAUUUUUAUCAAGAUGGCAUAUUGGACGUGAUUUUGGUAGAGCAAGAGGGAAAUGAAUACCGAACUCUGGCGUUCAAAAAUAGCUUGGACUACGAUGCUAAUUUUGUUAAAGUCAUGGUUUUGACUGGGUUAUCGAACAGCCUGUAUCCCAUCACGCCUGGAACACUUGGCAAGAAGAAACGAACCUAUGGCACAAAUCUACCAGGCCCAUCGAUCGCUUACAAAACGACGACACAGGAUGGAAGUAUGCGCAUGGCAGUAGCGGCACAAUUACCGCAGAGCGCACACUUCUCCCUCAAUUUGCCAUACUCAACGUUUGGGUUGGGUCGCACUCCAAAUUUUAUUGAUACCCUCACAAUAGGGUUGAGCAACAAGUCCCGAGAAUGGACACAAAUUAUUCCCAAUUCCCAGAUGGUCGUGAUUCCGACGCCAAUCUCUGAACCUUCUAGAUGGAAAGUUCAGUUAUUUGUAACACCCAGUAAACUGAUCCUAUUGAGCGUUGCUGCAUUGACUGCAACUUGCGCUCUGAUAAUUGCCAUAAUUUUUGGACUAUAUUGGAAAGAAAGGAGAGAGGAUAAAAUUGAAAAACUUCAGGAGGCACACAGAUUCCAUUUUGAUGCUAUGUAAUAAGCUUUUAUCACUGUUAAUUCAGCUUAAGUUCUCACUAAAAUAUAUAUUUCUAAUUUAAAACAUACUUUAUCCUGUAGAACGGAAUUAUACGUGUAACUAAAUGAAUUGCCAAGACUGUUUUAAGUGUCCUUCUUAUGAGGGAUGCAAAAACAAGGGUAAUAAAAAUAUGCCGAAACCGAGAUUGGGCAAAAAAGUUACUCGGAAAGAAGGGAUCUUGUCACAAAUUUUAGGCCUCUAAAAUUUCGGUUUUACAUAACUUAUACUGUAUAUUCCAUCAAAGGUGUUUUUGUUUCUGAUAACCAACGCACGUUAAAACGCGAUACGAAACUUUUGUAUAUUUUUUUGAAGUGUUAUUUGUAGUCGUCAUUUAUUUCGUUCAUUUAGUCGCCUGUAAUAUGUAUACGAGGAUGACAGUUGAAAUAUGUUUCUUUCAACAGAAAAAUGUACAUAUAUAUACAUGUGAUAUAGUCGAGAUUUAUAAUAAAUUUAUUUUAUUCGUU